AUGAUUAAAAAUUGCAUAUAUCCAUGCAUUGGAUUUUUUAGUGUUGUUGGAAGAAUUUUCAUAUUUUUUUGCUUUUGGUGGGCAUAUGAUGGUGUUGAAGAAGCUUUCAGUGAUAAACGAUUAGGGUACUAAAAUGAAUUUUAUGCUUGGGAAUCACCUCCUAUUUUUAAAAUAUAGUAAUUAUUCUCAAACCCUGAUUGUCCAGUUGGAGUAUGAUAAGUGAUUAAAUAUUAGACUGAACUGUUGUAUAAUUAUAUUUGGUAAGGAAGAAAAUCGUUUACAGAAGAUGGAGUUGAAUAUAAAAGCAUCCCUUAACAUUAAUUCAAAUAUUGGGUGUAUGAACCAUUACCUACUAAAAAAUUUAUAUUAUGUGCAACAUUAGGAUUGAAAAAUGAAACAUAUGCAUAGUUUGGAAGAGUUAGAAAAACUUGUGAAGAGAGAAAAAUGAGAUCAUGUAGUAAUGGGAGGUUUUGUAUUCCAUCUACUUAUCAAUAUUGUCCUAUUACUAAUAUAGAAUUUGAUGAACAAGGCAUUAUAAAGACUGAUAUUGAUCCAUAAGAGAUGCCAAUUGCAUAUUUUAAGGUUGAUACUUACUUUGUUAGUGUGUAUAACAAUAAGGAUUAUAAUUUAUAUCCAGAUCAACCUUAAGAUGACUAACUUGAAGAGAAAUUCACUUCUAAGGAUAUAGAAUAUAGAGAUGAAACUUUUAUUCCUUUAAAUACUGUAAAUGACUAAUUAUUUUACUCAAUUAAUUCAGCAUCUGAUUUUGAUAGAACUAUAAGUGCAAAAUACAAUAAAACAUUAUUUUAUAGAAGAUAUAAAGAAUGGUAAUAUGAAGCAUUGGGAGAUUUAUUUGAUUAUGCAUACAAUAUUUUUGAUUCUUUAGAUGAGAUAAUUGUGUUGUCUAAUUCUGGUACAAUAACUUCAUUGGUUUAUUUAUUAUUGGUUUGUUAUCUUAUUCCAGCUCUCCCAGUUAUCUUGAGAUUUAUUAGUGCAUUGAAAGUGGAUAAUAUAUUUAUUUGGGAUAUAGUUAUUAGAAUGAUUCUGUUAUUAUUAAUGCUAGCUUAAUCAUUAUAUAUUAUUAAACAAUGUGAAGAUGUGAUACAUUAUUCUAAUUUAUUAUUGAAUAAUGAUAAUAUUGUUGGAUUUAAAGUAAAUUUACUUAUAAUUAUAAAAGGAUCAAUAUGAUGGUGUAAUAGAACUUAUAGAUGGUUAAGAACCAUAUCAUAUAAUUUCAAUUGCAGUAUCAUUAGGAUUUUUAGGGAUUGAAGUAUUUUUAUGGUUAACAAUUUGUUUGAAGGCUUUCUUUGCUUGUAUAAUGAAAAUAAUUAAAUAAAUUUAAUUUAAAAAAUAGAUUAAAGAUGAUGUAAGAAAAGAAGAAGAUAUGGAGAAUUUAAAUUAAUUACAUUCAAAAUAAGCUAACGUAGAACAAGAAAAAUUAAAUUGA